UGUGUAUUUGGAUAAAUGCAUAUUUAUGAAGGAAUAGCCCUCGCACAUGAUUUCAUGGAUAAAAAAAGGCUGCGCGCAGCGGCUCCCACUUGCGCCGCGUCCAGGCUCGAAUAACGCGUGUAAAUGGGAAGCACUGCCUCCCCUCCUUCAUGCGUAAAUUAUGUAGGGCAGGACGGGAAUGCUUUGCUACCUCCAUUUGAGAAAAACCGGUGAACGUGAGGAGGGGAUAAAAAACAAAACAAAAACAGAAAUCUGAAAAAAAAAAAAAAAAAACCCCAACCACCAUCGUCUUCAACCAGCGUUGGACAGAGGCGGAGUAGCGCAUCACGACUUGCCUAUUGUGAAUCCAAGGAGAGGAAAAAGAUGGACAUCACGGAUCAAGGAGCUCAAAUGGAGCCGCUCUUACCAACGGAGCAAAGUUCCCAAGAAAAUAAAGAUGUGAGGACUGAUGAGGAGGCAGUGGUGGACCGCGGGGGCACGCGCUCCAUGCUCAACACCAACUUCGAGAAGGAAGAACUCGAAGGUCACCGCACUCUCUACAUUGGGGUUCACGUACCCCUGGGCAGGAGGUCGCACCGCCGUCACCGUCACCAUGGACACAGACACAGGAAAAGGUCCAAGGAGAGAGACUCUACGGCUGACGAUGGACGGGAAUCCCCCUCGCACACAGACACACCAGCUCAGAGGGUGCAGUUUCUCUUGGGGACGGAGGACGGCGACGAGGAACACAUCCCCCAUGCCCUGUUCACAGAGCUGGAUGAAAUCUGUCUCAGGGAGGGCGAGGACGCCGAGUGGAAAGAGACGGCAAGGUGGCUCAAAUUUGAGGAGGAUGUUGAGGAUGGCGGCGAGCGGUGGAGUAAACCGUACGUAGCCACGCUGUCUCUACACAGUCUUUUCGAGCUUCGCAGCUGCAUCAUGAACGGCACCGUGAUGCUGGACAUGAGGGCCAACUCUCUGGAGGAGAUCGCAGACAUGGUUCUGGACCAACACGAGGUGUCGGGCCCUGUAGGUCAGGAUGCCAGGAGGAGGAUCCGCGAGGCCCUGCUCAAACAGCACCACCACCAAAACCACAAGAAACUGGCCAACCGCAUCCCCAUUGUACGCUCCUUUGCUGACAUUGGCAAGAAGCAGUCUGAGCCUCAUUCCAUGGACAAGAAUGGCCAAACAGUCUCACCUCAGUCCCAGCCGGCCAACAACGAGGGCAAACAGGACGUCAGCCGAGAAAACAGUGCUGUCGACUUCAGCAAGAUUGACCUCCACUUUAUGAAGAAGAUCCCACCUGGCGCUGAGGCAUCCAACGUCCUGGUGGGGGAGCUGGAAUUCCUCGACCGCCCCGUGGUGGCUUUUGUCCGCCUGGCUCCUGCGGUGCUGCUCAAUGGCCUGGCUGAGGUUCCCAUCACCACCAGGUUUCUUUUCAUCCUGCUCGGCCCUCUGGGAAAAGGUCCACAGUAUCAUGAAAUUGGCCGGUCUAUUGCUACCCUGAUGACCGAUGAGGUUUUCCAUGAUGUUGCUUACAAAGCCAAAGACAGGAACGACCUGGUGGCAGGCAUCGAUGAGUUUCUGGACCAGGUGACAGUGUUACCCCCCGGAGAGUGGGACCCCUCCAUCAGAAUAGAGCCUCCCAAGAAUGUGCCCUCUCAGGAAAAGCGGAAGAUUCCUCCUGUUCCCAACGGAGUGACAGAUCUUGGAGAGUCAGAGGAACACGGAGGGCACGGUGGCCCUGAGCUCCAGCGCACUGGGAAAAUUUUUGGCGGGCUUGUCUUGGACAUCAAGCGCAAAGCACCUCACUACCUUUCCGACUACACGGACGCCGUCAGUCUUCAGUGUCUGGCCUCUUUCCUCUUCCUCUACUGCGCCUGCAUGUCCCCCGUCAUCACUUUCGGAGGACUGCUGGGUGAGGCCACAGAGGGACGCGUGAGCGCUAUCGAGUCCCUUUUCGGGGCAUCCAUGACUGGAAUAGCCUACUCCCUUUUUGCCGGUCAGCCUCUCACCAUCCUGGGCAGCACGGGGCCUGUUCUUGUCUUUGAGAAGAUCCUCUUCAAGUUCUGCAAGGACUAUGGCCUCUCCUACCUCUCCCUGAGGGCCUGCAUUGGCCUGUGGACGGCCUUCUUCUGUCUACUGCUGGUGGCCACCGAUGCCAGCUCACUCGUCUGUUACAUCACACGUUUCACUGAGGAGGCUUUCGCGGCACUGAUCUGCAUCAUCUUCAUCUAUGAGGCCCUGGAGAAGCUAAUCCACUUGGGGGUGCAUUACCCCAUCAAUAAAAACAACAACCUUCAGAAACUCACACAAUACUCGUGUGCUUGUGUGGAGCCCAGGGACCCCAGCAACGAGACUCUACGCUUCUGGGAGGAGAGGAACAUCACAGCCUCACAGGUCAACUGGACCAUGCUGGAGGUCAAGGAGUGCGAGAUGUUGCACGGGGAGUUUGAGGGCACUGCCUGCGGUCCCCACGGCCCCUACAUCCCCGACGUCCUCUUCUGGUGCGUGGUCCUCUUCUUCUCCACCGUCUUCAUGUCGGCCUUCCUCAAGGAGUUCAAGACGAGUCGCUACUUCCCCACCAAGGUGCGGUCCAUCAUCAGUGACUUUGCCGUCUUCAUCACCAUCCUCACUAUGGUUUUGGUAGAUUAUGCCCUGGGGAUCCCUUCACCUAAAUUACAAGUCCCCAGCAAGUUCAAACCAACCAGAGAUGAUCGUGGCUGGGUUAUAAACCCCGUGGGGCCCAACCCCUGGUGGACCACCAUCAUCACCUUCAUCCCGGCUCUGCUCUGCACCAUCCUCAUCUUUAUGGACCAGCAGAUCACAGCUGUCAUUAUCAACAGGAAGGAGCACAAAUUGAAGAAAGGCUGUGGCUACCACCUGGACCUGUUUGUGGUGGGGGUGAUGCUGGGAGUGUGCUCGGUGAUGGGCCUGCCGUGGUUCGUGGCCGCUACUGUGCUCUCCAUCUCCCACGUCAACAGCCUGAAGCUGGAGUCGGAGUGCUCGGCCCCCGGAGAGCAGCCCAAGUUUCUGGGCAUCCGAGAGCAGCGCUUCACCGGCCUCAUGAUCUUCACCCUGAUGGGCUGCUCUGUCUUCAUGACCUCUGUGCUGAAGUUCAUCCCCAUGCCUGUCCUGUACGGAGUCUUUCUGUACAUGGGGGCGUCCUCCCUCAGAGGUAUUCAGUUCUUUGACCGCCUGAAGCUGUUCGGCAUGCCGGCCAAACAUCAGCCAGACUUCAUCUACCUUCGCCAUGUCCCUCUGAGGAAGGUGCACCUCUUCACCAUCAUCCAGCUCAGCUGCUUGGUCCUGCUGUGGGUCAUCAAGACCUCCAAGGCCGCCAUCGUCUUCCCCAUGAUGGUCUUGGCUUUGGUGUUCAUCCGGAAGCUGCUGGACUUCAUCUUCACCAAGAGAGAGCUGAGCUGGCUGGAUGACCUGAUGCCCGAGUGGAAGAAGAAGAAGCUGGAGGAUGCGGCACAAGAGGAGGAGCACAGUAUUAUUGCAGAGGAGGAAGGCAUUGUACAAGUGCCACUGGAGGGACACUACAAGAGUGACCCAGCCACAGUGAACAUCACUGAUGAAAUGUCCAAAGGAUCUUUUGGGAAUGUAUGGAGCAGUGUCAGCCCUGCUGAGAGCACCAAGAAGGAACCAAGCGCUAAAAGCUCCCCUUCCUAACCUCUCAGAAGCUGAUAUCCCAAAGUUGUCCCGGCGGCGGCGGCGAAAAGCGACACAAGCGGCGGAGGCAUGAGAAGAGCUUGGACAGGGAGACGAGUUUGUGAUGACACAUACUGGCGGUGCCACUGUGCUGUCAAUCAAUCGAUCAAAAAAACAAAACAAAAAAAAAAAAAAAAAAAAAAAAAAAUCAAUACCGUGCCACACUCAACCACCUUUGUACUGUGCUACACUGUGUUUUUUUUGUCAUGUAAGUCUGUGUGCAAGUUGUGUAAAACAAAGAAAAAAAAUUUGUUAGAAGCGGCGACGACUCGAGGAGCCGACACACAUUUGUGUUCUUUUUCUAUGUAUAUCAACGUUUGGUGAUACCAGCAGCAGAAGGAAGCCAGAAUUAUAUGACACUCACAGCAACUGCUGUGUCCAUGGGCCAAUUACAUUACAAAUUUUAAACGAUUUUUAAAUCAACUUUAUUUGUAUUUUGUAUGUUUUUUAUAUUUUUCCAACAACAAAAGUUGUCCUUUUAAAAGCCUGCCACAGCAAAACCGCCACAAGCGUGUGUGGGUUUUGUGUGCAGUAUUUAAUGUCGCUAUUGACUGAAUGCACCUCACAAUAGGAAAACUAAAGAGUAGAUAUUUGCCAAUACUAAUCUAUUUCAGUGGUAUCUCAAAGAGUUGGCUAUAUAGCGAAUCUAGUUAGAGUUUUUUGAAAGUAUUAAAUAUACAUUUUAUAUAUUCUGUAUAUCUCAGUGUUUUUGUGACGGUGACAGCUCAUAUCAGUCCACAGUCUCCUCCAUUGCUGUUUUACAUAUGAAUGUCUCUCCUCCAGUAAAGCGUUUCCUCAGCCAGUUAAAGGACAUGUCGGACGUUUUGGGACGCGUGCUUCUUGACUUUCUUUCCGAGAGUUCGGUGAGAAGAUUGGCGCCACUCUCAUGCACCGGACUUAGCAUUAGCUUAGUGAUUUAACACUUUAUAUCUCUUUUGUUUUAUCUGCACAGAACCCUGAAAGUGCAAAAACAACACCACCCUGUGGUUUUAUGAUUUCUCAGCUUCUUGGCAUAGGUCCAUAUUUGCAGCACAGACACAAGAGACGUAUAAAUCCUCUCAUCUGACUCUUGGAAAGAAAGCAAAUAAACUUCUUUUGUCAGCGCGUCAUGCUGUUUGUUUGAGGACAGUAUUUUUGGGGGGUAGCAGCUUAUGGGAAAAUGACAUUUGCAAGCGAGCAUGGCAGCAUAGUUUGGGGACUUUCAGUAUCUCUUGCUACUUGGCCUUGGCUUUUUAAAAAAAAAAAUAAAUAAUUGAACUCAGAUUUGCAAAUGCUGAACUUAGGGUGACUGUACAGAAAGCUCUACGUUUUCCACCCACAUACUCUUUGUCAACUUGUCAGUAAGUGUCAUCCAUGGACAUGUGAUGUCCUCUCCAAAUGACCCUCAAUGUGUUAGCAUCUGAAGCUAAUUGUUAUUUGUUUUGUUUUUUUUUUAAAGAAGAAAAAAAAAAAACCACCUGCAUGACGGUGAAACAGACUUGACUGUCUCGCUGCAGGACCACGCUUACUUCUAGAGAUGCAAUAAUACCUUUUUUUCUGGGAAGGGCAACAUGUAAUAAACGGUAAAGAGUCUUAACAAUGUAUAAUACAUAGUAUAUUUUAUUCAUGUAAAAUGUUACUAAUAUAUUACUAACAUGAAGUCAGUGUUGAAGGCAGGAUUUUGUUGUAGAUGUUCUUUUCCCAUUGUCUAAUUGAUGGUUCUUAGUUGACUAGAGAAACUAAUAAUGGGUCAAAAUUAUAUCAAUAUCAAACGUUUUGACCACUUCUGUGUGGAAUUCUGCCUUAAAUUCGGUAGUGAUAGCUGUACACUUUCUGUUUAAUAAUUUAAGUCACCUGUAUAGAAAACUAUUAGUUCAGAUCUGUUGUUCAAUUGUGAUUUGUUUCAUGAGAAUGAGAGAGAGAGAGAGAGAAUG